AUGAAUGAACAAUCAGAAAAAAACAAUUCCACUCCAGAGGGACACAAGGAUCGAAAUUCUCCUGAGAAAGACUGUCAAAUUGGACAGAAGCAACUGCAACAAAUAGAGCGGCAGUUAAAAUGUUUGGCAUUUCAAAAUCCUGGACCACAGGUAGCAGACUUCAAUCCUGAAACACGGCAGCAGAAAAAGAAAGCGCGAAUGUCAAAGAUGAAUGAGUAUUUUUCUGUAAAAUACAAAGUUAUGAAGAAGUAUGACAAAAGUGGCAGACUAAUUUGCAACGACAUUGAUCUCUGCGAUUGCUUAGAGAAGAACUGCCUGGGCUGCUUCUACCCCUGCCCCAAGUGUAACUCCAACAAGUGUGGGCCUGAGUGCCGCUGCAACCGACGGUGGGUGUACGAUGCCAUUGUCACAGAAUCUGGAGAGAUUAUCAGUGCCCUGCCAUUUAAUGUUCCUGACUAG